AUGUCCUAUCCAUCCUGUGCAAUCUUCAUAGUCCACGGCGCCUACUUCCAGCCGCCAGCCUGGAGUUCCUUCAUAACCCGUCUCGAGGAGAGUAGCUUUACCGUCAAAUGUCCCGCCCUCUCAUCCUGCGGCACAAAUCCCGCGCAUCAUCCAACAGGGACGCUAGAAAACGACAUCCACGCGGUCCGAACAGCCGCACAGAAGCUCAUCGACGCCGGCCACAAGAUCAUCGUCCUCGCGCACUCCUACGGCGGAAUUGUCGCUUCUGAAGUCAUAACGCCGGAUCUCUACGGGACAAGCAACCCCACGGGUACAGGAGUCACCUCGCUCAUCCUCCUCAGCGCCUUCCUCAUCCACCCGGAAAACUCGUGGCCAGGUCUAUUCGAAAAAUACGGGUUCCAGUGCGAGGCUGAUCUAGGACAUCACGAGGACGGGACAGUAUGUGUGAAGAAUGCCGUUGAGUCACUGUAUAACGAUAUCGAUACCGGGAGGGCGAAGCAGUUAGCUGCGCAGAACGUUAGACAUAACAUCGCAGCAGCUGCGGGGAAUAUUACGAGCGCGCCGUGGAAGGAUUUGGCGACCGUUUACGUGCAUCUAUCCCAUGACCUGGCCAUUAAGCUGCCGCUGCAGAAGAGUAUGGUGGAUGAUGCUGUGAGUGCGGGCGGCAGGGUCCGGACGGAGCGCCUUGAUGCGGGGCAUUGUGCUUUUUUGAGUUGUCCGGAUGAGCUUGUUGGGAUUGUCCUGAGGGUUACUGGGUGUUGUUAA